AUGCGCUCCGCCAACAACAGCUAUGUUACUAUCCACAGCUAUGGCCAGGAGGAAACAGAGAGCACACCGUGGUACUGGCGCCUGAUCGCCCUGGCAGCUUCAUGGAUGAUACUAGGAGGCUAUCUCCUCCUGCCCGGACUAUACGCCAAAGACGCCCAGUUACGUUUCACAGAGGCUGUUCUCUCUGUAUUCGUUGUCGCACUGCUGACCGCCGGCUACUCGUUCACUGCGCUGCUGUGCUUCGCCUGUCGCAACAAGCGCUUCCAGGCUGAAGGGGUUUCCCUACCCGCCCUCGCAUCCUCUGCCCUCGGCCUCAUUUCCAUAGCUUACAACUUCCUGUCUUCGCGCGCAUACCAGUGGGGCACUUCUGCCACAACCGGUACCGUCUUGAGCGCCACCACAACCCUCACCUACACCGUCUUAUGCAUUCACACCUUCCGCCGCCUCAACAAGCCCGUGCUGCAACAGCCCGACCCCGCGCCAACCUAUGGUCAGAACAAUCCUACUACAGCAAUUUUGUCACAAACAUGUACCCAAGCGUCUUUCAGACGCCUUCGCAACCCCCGCCUGUGGUAUACACUGAAGACGACCGCGUCAACCAGCAAAUGGCCCUUCUCCUACAUAAAUUAG